ACUUAUAAAAAAAAAUGUCAUUUUACGAAGCUCAAGUUGCGGAUAUUUUGAGAUGUAACCAAAGAGACGAGAAUUUCGUGAACGAGGUAGAAACUAGAAUACAUUCAUUAUUGAGACAAUAUAACACCCGAAUUUACCACAGACUACGGGAAUCUGUUUCAUUAUUUGUGAAUGCUUGGUACUACGUUUUAACAUCUUUCAGCAAUAUCCAGACAUUGGGAGAGGAAUACACUGGAAUAAUUAGAAUUUCACAUAAUGCCAUUCCAUCGCGAGCUUGUCAGGCAGUAUGGCUGGCUCUAUAUAUUGGUGGUGAACCAAUGCUGGACAGAUUCAUAAUCAUCUCAGAAAAAAAAAUAAAAAAUUCAUCCAGUCUAACUCAAGAUGCCAAAGACAAAUUAUUGCAGUUACUGCAGUUUAUAAGAGACCAAAAGCAGCCAUUGAAACGACUGCACCAUUCUUUAUUUUACAUUGAUAAGAAAUACUACAGUGUUCCAAAUAGACUGACCAGCAUAAGAUAUGCAUUGCUGCGUCAGUGGAUGCACGAUGACACAUUCUCAGGAAGCUUUAACAUAUUGGGUCGAUUAACAAUAUUUUAUACAUUGUUUACCAUUUUUCAAAACUUAUUUAAUGCAUUUUCAACUGACAGAAGUGAAAGCACCAAAGCCAAUACAUCAACUCUGUCGACAAAAGGCUGCAUUGUCUGCUCAGAAAAUAUUGAGAACCCUACAGCGACACCUUGUGGUCACAUAUUUUGUUGGAACUGCAUCCAUAAUAGUCUAAGCUAUCAGAAAAUCUGCCCUUUGUGUAGAGAAGCAGUGAUUCCAAACAGGGUUGUAUAUUUGCAGAAUUAUAUAUAAAAAGAGAACUUCUGG